AUGAUUCACGCUCGUAACCAUUCCACUAUUCCUAUAUCUUCCGUCACUUCAUCUGAUGACGUCACUAUAGAACAGGUCAAGACAUGUUGUGAAUCAAUGGCACUCUCGGACAUCUUCCCCAUAUUCAUUGUCGCUGGAGCGCUCUGGAUUCUGGUAUACUGUAUUCUGAUGACUCAGAAGAUAUUCAUGGACAGUCAGUAUCAAGAGAUACAACCAAAACAACAUGGAGAUGAGGAAGAAGAUGAACAUCAUGCACCUCCUCAACAACAUAAUCAAGGAAAUAAUCAUGGUGACCAUCCAAAUGUGGAGAAGGAAAAGUAA